UUCCGCUAAUGGCCGGAACCUUCCACUGGUGUGUCACGUGUAAUCUGCUUGUAACCUGCGGGAGAUGGGAUUUGCUAAACAUCUAAUCAGCGCUUCUCGGUAGAGUCGCCGUCGUUGUGGUUCGUCGUCGUCGUCGUCCUCCCCAUUCGUCGUCGACUUGAGAACCAUCAAUAAUUAUUCCGUUCACCAGUGCGGGCGGCGGCGUUGGGUAAGGCCCGGGAUGGCGUCGCGAAAAGUACAUCGAUAGGGCGUAGACGGCGAGCAAAUUCAGAUCGCAUGACUGUGCCACUCGAGAUAACAUGACGCUGCGUUUUAUGAGCAGAGUGACAUGGCAAUUCUUUUUUCGUAGCUUGUUUGCAAUCGUUCAUCUUUCUUGCAUCUGCAUCUGCACGUAACCCUUUGACCUACUCCACGUCAAAAACGAUGGCUGCAACUGGCGAUAUCGGUCUGAUCGGCUUGGCCGUUAUGGGUCAAAACCUUAUCUUGAAUAUGGCGGACCAUGGUUACAAUGUGGUUGCGUACAACCGGACAACAAGCAAGGUGGACGAGUUCUUGGAUAAUGAAGCCAAAGGGAAGCCCAUUCAAGGUGCUCACAGCAUUCAAGAACUCUGCGCCAAGCUCCAGAAACCCCGCAAGGUCAUGAUGCUGGUCAAGGCUGGAAAGCCAGUUGACGACUUUAUCGAGCAGCUUCUUCCCCAUCUCGAGCAGGGAGAUUUGAUCAUUGAUGGUGGUAACUCCCACUAUGCUGAUACCAACCGCCGUUGCCAGUACCUUCAAGAGAAGGGUUUCCUGUUUGUGGGAACUGGUGUGUCUGGUGGUGAAGAGGGUGCCCGAUAUGGCCCAAGUUUGAUGCCUGGUGGUACUCCCGCCGCGUGGCCGUUGAUAAAAAACAUCUUCCAGGACGUUGCUGCAAAGACCGAGGAAGGUGAACCUUGCUGUGACUGGGUUGGUGAAGGAGGUUCAGGACACUACGUCAAGAUGGUCCACAACGGUAUCGAAUACGGCGACAUGCAAAUUUUGGCUGAGGCCUACGACAUCAUGAAGAAUGUGCUGAAGAUGAACUACGAUGAAAUGGCACAAACGUUCCAAAACUGGAACAAGACAGAGCUCGACUCAUUUUUGGUGGAGAUUACAGCAAAAGUCUUGGCCUUCAAGGAUGAAGACGGGAAGCCCUUGGUUGAGAAGAUUCGGGAUGCUGCAGGACAGAAAGGAACCGGUAAAUGGACCGCCAUUUCAGCCCUGGACCUCGGUAUUCCCGUCACCCUUGUUAGCGAAGCCGUCUUUGCCCGAUGCUUGUCUGCUGUCAAGGACGAGCGUGUCCAGGCCAGCAAGAUUCUGAAGGGCCCUGAGGGCGUUCAGUUUUCCGGUGAUAAGAAUGCCUUCUUGGAAGACAUCCGCCAAGCUCUGUAUGCCGCCAAGAUUGUGUCCUAUGCGCAAGGUUUCAUGGAAUUGCGUGCAGCCGGAAAAGAGUUCCACUGGAACUUGAACUUUGGUGGUAUUGCGUUGAUGUGGCGUGGUGGAUGCAUCAUCAGAAGUGCAUUCCUUCGGGAUAUCAACAACGCGUUCAAGUCCAACCCCAAUCUUCUCAACUUGUUGCUGGACCCUUUCUUCACCAAGGCCAUCCACCGCGCACUUCCCCACUACCGUCGUGUCGCAUCCCAAGCCCAAUUGCUUGGUGUGCCUGUUCCCGCCUUGACAUCAGCUCUUUCCUUCUACGAUGGUUACCGUUCGGCCAGACUUCCUGCUAACCUUAUCCAAGCACAGCGGGACUUCUUUGGUGCGCACACGUUUGAGUUGGAGGACAAGCCUGGUACUUGGAUCCACGCCAACUGGACCGGUCACGGUGGACGUGUUGCCUCCUCCACUUACAACGCUUAAAUAAAGCGGUGUAUUGUACAGUUUUCAAUUGUGAUGUAGCACAUAUCGAUGUCGGGAGCUUUUACAUGAUAUGAAUUAUACGAGCUAUUUUGGUUACAGUUGGA